AUGGAUGCUAUGCCAGGACCCUCCAGGCUUUCGUCGCCGGUCGACUUACCUGUGCAGGAUGGUACACGCCGAUACAAGAGCUCACGAAAGUCGCCUCCGAUUGGAGACAAAGACAUUCCUUUCGGCUCAUAUCCCCCAGCUAAUGGCGGGACCAUGAACGAUACCAUGGCAGCUUUCCUGAAACGUCGUGAAGAAGACCGCGAGCACUACCGCGCGAAUAAUCACAAACACACUCGCUCCCGUUCCAACAGUACCGUUUCCAAUCUGCUUCUUGCAGCGACCGAGCGCCUUGGUCAGGAAACCAACCGUGCAAACGAACUCGAAGCUCGCUGUGGCGAAGUCCUCUCUCGUUUGAAGACUGUCGUGGACGAACGAGAGCAACUGCGUCGCAACCUCGCCACAGUCACCGAAGAGCUCCGACUAUACAAAAUGCAGCUGGAUCUCGCUCAAAAAGAAAUAAACCGAGCACAAGUCAUUGUGGAAGGAGUGGAUAAGGCGAGGAGAGAAGCAGAAGAGCAAGCAGCGAGAGACAGAACGAUUGCCCGAAGACUGACGAGCGAAAAGGCUGUUUGGAUUGCGAGGGAGGAGGGAAGGAAUGAGGGCUACAAGGAGGGUUUGAAGCAAGGCCGUCGGUGGGCCAAUGAAAUGGCCAAAAGAGAGCGUUAUGUGGAUGCUCCGACUCAGUGGGAAUUUGACUCGGAUGGAGGGCAGGAGUAUCAGAUGCGGCCAGAACCGGAGCCGGAAGACUAUUCUCCCUCGACACCUGAGUCAUCAAGUCUAUCGAGUGGAGACUUCCUCACACAACCCGCAAGACCUGUUUAUCAAGUCGCUCGAGCUUCCUCAGACUCGUCAUCAGCACCUGGCCACACAACACUUGAUCAAGCGCCGACCAUCCCCACUUGGGACUCUCGUCAAUCGCGACAGCCCACCAAAUCAGACCACUAUACAAGAACAAAUGUCCCCCGUUCCGUAUCCCGCCCACCAGUAACGGAGUCACCUCCGCGCUCAAUGGACCAAGUAUCAAGCCAACGGACCUCUGCAUCCCGUCGUUCGGCUUCUCAACCACCCACUCGACGAGAUGCCCCACCACCACCACGUUCACGUCCUCUCCCCCCUCACCCCCCACGUUCUUCUCCCCCUGAAGUCCAUACGCAAAAUGCGGAAGCCCGUCCAGAAACACGAAUGAGCAAUCACAGUCGCGCUCCCAGCCUUGCGAGGUCGCGUCGCUCUUCUAUCGUCCUACCGGACGGAUAUAUCCCAACUGUUGGUCCUGGUGCUGACUCAGUCAUUUCAUUGCCUGCCCCGCAUUCUCUCAGCCGCCCAGUUUCGAUGGUCGAUGACGAUGACGAUGAGCCUGAACCCGGGACCAGGUUUUUCCCAUCAGGUUUUGGUGGACGAGCGACUUCUCGCGCAUCUACACGGUUAUCCGACUUUGAUAUCCUCCAACCACCGCCUCGUCAAACAGACACGCCUGUUACGCAUAAGAUUGUGCGUGAAUGGCGCGCGGCAAAUGCGAGCAAGCCAAAUGUUUCUCAACCGGAACAACGUCAAGCUCCGAACGCGAAAGGCAAACAGCCCGAUCGCAGCCAGGGAGAUUCUUUUUCUAUGCGUUCUUCGACAACGACACCUUCUCAAGUACCCAGUCGGCGUAGUGCUGCUACUCCGGCGCCUGUAGGUGGUCCAAGAAAGCCACGCGAAAUCGUCAUGCCGAUGCCGUUGUCUGCAAACAUGUUUGGACCAGCAACGACUAGUAGCUCAAAAGCUCCGCCUCCUCAAGAACCGCUUACUUCGGCAUAUGCUUAUAGCAGUAAAAGACCGUCUACCGCUGGAGCGAGACCUAUCCAAGACACAGUCCUCAAUGCUCCGACCCUGCAAGCUAUUCCGCCACCUCCAGUCAUCGAUCUAAGUCACCAACCCGCUCGCCCCAAGUCCGCCUUUUCGUGGCUCAAGCGAGGAUUAAGCCGCUCCUUCUCGGCAACAAGUGUUCCAAAUAUCCAGAUUGAGCCUCCCUCUAACUCGAACUCCGGGCCUUCGACGGGUGUUAUUGCAGACGCUGCAUUGUUGGCUGCCGAUGAAUCAGAGGCACCGAAUCCGCAACUAGUUCCGCACCCGUUUAUACUGCCCGACUUGACGGAUGCUCUUCAAGCAGCUUCUUCGAGCAAGAAGAGCAGUAAUGGAAACACUCUACCCCGCGGUUUCGUUCCUCUCAGCCCGAUUCUUCUGGGUGUAACUCCUCCAAACGGAAGUCCUCAACCGCCUGCGUACACUUUGCAAGAUUCUUCUGCUUAUACGCCCCCGCCAGGGAGCAGCAUGCAUUCGGAGAUGGGAAGCGCGCCAGCCAGUUUGGCGUCAGCAUUAUUGGGUCAGUCGGGGUCGGCUCCAACUUCGAGGAUUGCUCAAGCUGUCCAAUGA